AUGCGGCCACGGCUGCGGCCCGCAUGGCUUGCCCUUGCGCUCUGUGCAGCGGUCGCACUGGCUGCCAGGCCACGCCCGCACGUGCUCAAGCGGCGCAACCCGACCUACGCCGCCUUGUCCGACUCGUCGCUCGACCACCUCGUCGCCCUGUCCGACCUCGACGACACGCUCGACUGGUCCAGGCCCGACACGCCCCUCGCCAAGCUCCUCGUACCACGCCCCGUCGGCAGCGCCAACUUGACCCGGCUCCAAGCCAUGGUCGAGGGCCACUUCCGUGAUCUCGGCUGGCACGUCGAAAAGGACUCGUUCGACGACUCGACGCCGUACGGCACCAAGUCGUUCACCAAUCUCGUCUUCACGCACGACCCCUCGGCACCUCGUCGCCUCGUCCUCUCGGCCCACCUCGACAGCAAGUUCUUCCCGACCCCACCCGAGGACCAGUUCGUCGGCGCGACCGACUCGGCCGCCCCGUGCGCCAUGCUCCUCGACCUCGCAACUGCGCUCACGCCCUGGCUCGACGCCCGCAAGCAGCGCGUCGAGGACGGCGGCGGCGAGGAGGGCCGCGAGGGCCAGGGCGAGUCGCUCCAGAUCAUCUUCUUCGACGGCGAGGAGGCGUUCAAGGACUGGACCCACGCCGACUCGAUCUACGGGGCGCGGCACCUCGCCCACAAGUGGGGCGCGACGACCGACCACUCGCCGCAGCCCGUGCGAGCGACGCCCCGCUCCCCCUUGCGCCGCAUCUCGCACCUCGUCCUCCUCGACCUCCUCGGCGCGCCCAACCCGCUCCUGCGCAACUUCUUCGUCCCGACCGGCUGGCUCUUCGACGAGUUUGGCCACGCCGAGGAGCGCCUCGGCCUCGCGGGCUACCUGUGGCAAGGGCUCGACGGCGACGCGUACACGGCCAAGAAGGGCGAGACGGGUGCGCGCGAGAGGAGCUUCUUCGUGCCGCGAGGGAGCGGCGUGAGCGCGUACGCCGGCCAGAUCGAGGACGACCACCUGCCGUUCCUGCGCGAGGGCGUCCCUAUCGUGCACCUCAUCUCGGUCCCGUUCCCGCGAGUGUGGCACACGAUCAAGGACGACGCCGACGCGCUCGACCUCCCGACGAUCAAGGCAUGGGCCCUCAUCAUCCGCCUCGCCGUUGCCGAGUACCUCGGUCUCGACCCGUCGGCGCCGAUACCCAACCUCAACUCGCCGACCGAGGUCAAGCGGGAUCCGAGCGACUUGAUACUCGACGUCUAG